ACCACCACCCCCACCAUAAAAAAAACUCCCAGCGUCAGGGCGGAGAAGAAAAAAAUCCCCUUCUUCUCGAAACCCGCAAUGUGAAAUGACUGACCGCCUCGCAUCAUUCGUAACGCGUCUCUGCUUAUCAUCAGAAGUAAUCGCCGGCCGAGGCGCAAGCAUCGUCAGACAGAGAUGUGUCGUUCACUCCAUCUGGCCAAGAGCAUCGUGCUACCCGGUAGGUUCGUUCCAGACGAGGACCAGUUUGAAGAAUAGUGAUGUCGACCUUCUCGUAUCCAUCCCCGGACAAAGUGAUGAGCAUAAAUGCAUGGUUGAAGCGGCUACUCGUAUGAGGGAAGCCAUCAUCGGGCGGCGCAUCGCCGAGCCGCGGAACUGCACGGUCAUAGGGGGCGCUAAGGUACCCAUAUUGACGUACACGGACGAGAAAGUGACGCCGCCGCUUAAGUUUGAUAUAUCGUUUCAGAAGGAGAACGCGGUCAGGAAUACGGCGUACUUGGUUCAGACGUUUGAUGAAAGACCGUUCAUGAGGGAUCUUGUCAUUCUUAUGAAGUAUUGGCUACGGGAGAGGCGAUUGAAUGAGGUUUAUAAAGGCGGUUUGGGGUCUUAUGCUGUAUCUUUGACUGUUAUUGGGUUUUUUAAUGUCAAUCGAAGGACUUUGAUUCCUCGAGAUUACCAAGCCCUCAUUACCGGUUCUAGGCACGACAUGUUUGUGGAGUACCUCAAAUUCUGGACAAGAUGGAAAUAUAACGAAGAUAUCCUGGUACCGGAUCCCGGGAUAAUACAGAAAAUGGCACCAGGCAAGAGGAAACGCUUGCCAUUCAUGCUCCGAAUGGUAGACCCUACCGACCCAGAUAACGACGUCGGGAAGGCAGCCUACAAGAUUCCCAAGGUCAUCACGGCAAUGAAGAAGUUGAGGCACGGAAUGGAAAAUCUCGGGCCGGACACGGGGGUGUCGGAGCUUGACAAAUUGCUCAGUGGCACUCUAGGGGAAAAGGAAAGGUACUUGAAAGAGAAGUUUCACCAGGACCGCAACGACCGGAAGAUGUUCCGGCAGAUGCAAAAGAGGAUCGAGGAAGUGGAGAGGAAGGCGGUGAAGUCAGGAAGGGAGGGCAAAUCGGUGAAGAAGUCGCUAGCAAGGAUGAGAGCGAGUCGUGAUGAGUUCGCCCGUAGGAGACCAGCUCUCGCAGCUGAAUUUGCGAGGCCAGAGCCCCUCCCUGAAGAUACUGGUGCUCCUGUGCACGAUCCUCCAGGCCCCGGGUACGAUUUUGACCUGGAUACGCUCAUGAUCGGCCCGGUCGAGAAAGAGGUGUCGCGAUGGAUCCCCAAAGAACCCACCGAAGCGAAAUCACAAAAUGACGAGACGCUUACUCCCAUAAUGAGUGGGGGGAAAUCCCCUGAGCAACUACAACUAGAAAGAGCAAAGCAUAUCGCAACUAUAGAGGCGAAACGGGUGAGGAGGGAGAAGACGUUACAAAAGCGGCAUGAAAAGUUGCUAAAAAAGAAGGAGAAGAAAGCGCAGAAAAAAAUAGCAGCCGAGAAGAAGCUACUGGAGGGGGAAGAGGAGUUGGCUAAGAGGCCGAAAGCCAGUAAGGUGGCUGCGGAAAAGGAGGCUGGAAACUGA